AUGGUUUCCAUUGUAAACAAUGCUGUUGUCGCGUUAGAGUACACACACGAGAACCAAGAAAAACAAAUAUCUAAAAACUCUGAAAGUCGGCGCUGGAGACGUAGAUGCUGGCCUGCUUGUAUGAACAAGACAACCCUACAGAAAGUAUUUUGGCAUGGGAUGUGGAACUUCAAAAACUUCCAUUCAUCAGUUUAAAUCAGGAAAAGAAAUUUUAACUAAAGACCUUGUGAAUAAUCAGACCACACAACAACAAACGGACAAACCACACGUAGCACCAGAGAAGACAACAGAGACUGAGGCAAGUGAAGGUUCCCAGUCUCAGAAGAAACCUUCCAACAUGGAUGCUAACACUGAGGUACCCAGAGAAGAAGCUGCUGCAGAGACCAGACAGACAAGAGAAAGCGACAGUUCAUCUGAUGAUGAUCAGAUUGAUGAUCAGUCUGUAGGUGAGGAUAAUGACCAAGAACAAGAAGAUGGAGAUGAAAAUGGUACAAGUCAAGGUCAAAGUGGUGCAGGUCAAGGUCAAAGUGGUGCAGGUCGAGGACCGAAGAAGCCCCGCAAAAAACUAACACCAGAAGAAAUAGCGGAAAAAUAUCAGAAGAAGAUUGCAAGGACAAGAGAAUUAACUUCCAACAUUAUGGACAAUGACAUAUAUACUGACGAAAACAUUCCAGCAGCAAGUUUUAGAGCUAACCUACUGUCAGCUGGAAAAUUAUACCAUUCAUUGCAAGGUGCACCAAAAUCAGAUAUCAGCAGGUUAAGGCAUGAAAUUGCACAAAUAUUUAUUGAAACAAAUUUUUUGAAUUGUUUGUGCAAGUUUUUGGUGUCAACACUGACUGAAAAGAAAUAUAAAAACUCGCAAGGCAUGUUGAUUAGUGACUUCAAUAAUCCCCUGAAGAAUGGCCUCAAGGCACUGAUCAACUUCACCAAUGCUGUGCCUGCUGUUUGUGAGAGUAUUUGUGAAAUGGAUGGUUUUCUGGAUGGUUUUCGCUCCAGUCUGGAAGACAUGGUUCCAGCUGAUGGAGAUGCAGUGACGAAAGGCCCUAUAAUUAAAAAUGAAGCUCUCUUAGUAAAAACUAUGCUGGGUAUUGUACAUAAUAUCGGCAUGCACGAUCCCUGCGUGCCACACCUGAGGAGUCACAACUACACUCCAGUGCUUUUAUCCUACAUGGACUCAAAACUAGGCAUGUCCAGGCUGGCGGCCAUUGCUGCUCUUGCUGACAUCCUGGAUGAGAAGGAAAGUGACCUGCUGCAGUCUCGUAGAGAGGGAAUCAACUUCCUCAUCAAGAUUUUUGAAAACUCUUUGAAAAAGCGCCAACACAUCAAUAGAGGCUGGUCGUCAAAAGAGUUGGGAAGGACCGUGGGAAGACUGGCCAGAAACGAUGCCAACAAGAAGAUGUUGGUCAAUGAGGGUGCUCUCCCUCUCUUGUUGAAGCUCUUCAAAUCUGACAACGUCGAGGAACAAAAAGAGGCGAUCGAGUCCAUGUGGGUCCUGGCGUUUGAUGAAGACAACAAACAGAGGAUGAUGGAGGAGCCGGGUCUGAUGGAGGCUGUGGUGGACAAAUAUCACAGCUCUACCGACCAGAACAUCCGCAAGCCUUGUCAGGGGCUGCUGUGGAACCUGCGUGAGAUCCUCCUUCAGUCCCAGAAGUAUGCAGACAUAGGCAAAGAAUUAUCUGGAUCUUCCACAAAAAGCAACAAAGGUCAAGGUGAAGGUCAGAAGGCCAAAGGUCAUGUGAUGAUCAGCUACCAGUGGGCCAAUCAGGAGGUGCUAAUCAAGGUGAAGGACUGUCUGAAACAGAACGGCUACGACGUGUGGAUGGACAUUGACAACAUGGGAGGCUCCACACUACAAGCUAUGGCGGAGGCCAUUGAGAAUGCAUCUGUGGUGUUGAUGGCCAUGUCUCGGAGGUACAAGGACAGCCCGAACUGUCGAGCAGAGGCAGAGUAUGCGUUUUCCCAGAGGAAGCCCAUCGUGCCCCUUGUCAUGGAAUUGGGGUACCGCCCCGAUGGCUGGCUGGGGAUGAUCCUGGGGUCGAAGUUAUUCUUUGACUUCAGCGGCAAAUACAGCUUUGAUUCCAAGGUGGACGGCCUGAAGAAGGAGCUGAGAAUGAGCCUGUCUGAUGCGGAACCUGGUUUGUCGGAGGACGCUGGGGUUGUGAAGCCAGUAGCAGUUGCCAAGAAGACCACUGCCUUCCGCUCUCCAGCUGUGAAGUCAGAUGCAGACCCCAUCAAACUGUGGACAAGUGCUGAUGUGGCCAAAUGGCUGGCAAAGCACAAUCUAAAGGGAAAAAAACUGGAGAAGUUAACAGGCCGUGAAGUUGCAUUUCUCAAAAACCUGAGAUUUGAGGCACCCGAGUUUUUCUACCACACGGUGGAGACCAAACUGGCUGUCACAGAUCUCCUGGGUCUCGUCAACUUCACAGAAGCAAUGGAUGAUCUCACGUCUUGACUCAAAGGAGAAAUGGCUGGAGAUGACUUAUAUCACAAUUAUGUCAAAACAGGGCUCAAAUGUGAUAUGACACUGUCUAGUGUUCCUGGGCUUAGUCAGUACCCAGCAAACAAUUCUACGUUGUGACAACGUUGUGACAACGUUGACUUUUUGUUGCUACAACGUUGUGAUGUAACGUUGUCACAACGUAAAUCUGUAGACUCCCAGAUUGGUUGCUACAACGUUAUGCGUAAACCAAAAUACAACCAAAUCAAGACGUUGUCACAACAUCCAUUUUUUACGUUGCUACAACGUUUAUCCAAAACGUCGCGACAACGUAGGUAUCGCAUACAUAUGGCGACACUACAGCCAUUGCAGCACGUUGUUGCAAUGUCCAUGUAGAUUAACGCCUGUCUUAUUCCUCAUUACCUCCCAGGCAGCCAGUUUGUACCAAUCUAGUUAAGACAUCAGGUACCAAUCUAGUUAAGACAUCAGGUACCAAGCAAUGCAUUCUGCAAACUGAAUUCACUUUAACCCUAUCUGUGAAACAGCAAGUCAAUGAAAUGCACUCUCUUUUGGCAGAGUUUGAAAUACGGCCAAGAUAAAAAUCUAAAUGUUUUAAAUUACAUGUACAAUUUGGUUAUAUAAUAUUUAUUUUCCCAAACAGUUUUCAAGGCUAUGUGCAAAUUGUUCACAAAUGUUUCAACACAAUUAAAAGAUAUUUGA